AUGCCACCACGACCAUCAUCGGGAGAGCUAUGGGGUAUACAUUUGAUGCCCCCAAGGAUUUUGGUGGACUGUCUUCUACCAAACGGCAUGAUAUUGACACUGGAGUGCCUCCGUGAGGCUACUCUCAUUACAAUUAAACACGAACUCUUCAAGGAGGCAAGGAAGUACCCUCUCAAUCAGCUCCUGCAAGAAGAGACGUCCUACAUCUUCGUUAGCGUUACCCAAGAAGCUGAAAGAGAAGAGUUUUAUGAUGAGACGCGGAGGCUAUGUGAUCUCAGACUUUUUCAGCCAUUCCUAAAAGUCAUCGAACCAGUUGGCAAUAGGGAAGAGAAAAUUCUGAACAGAGAAAUUGGCUUUGCCAUCGGCAUGCCCAUCUGUGAGUUUGAUCUGGUGAAGGACCCCGAGGUGCAGGACUUCAGGAGAAACAUCCUGAACGUCUGUAAAGAAUCUGUAGACCUCAGGGAUGCCAAUGGAGCCCACAGUCGGGCAUUAUAUGUUUACCCUCCCAAUGUGGAAUCAUCGCCAGAACUUCCAAAGCACAUAUACAACAAACUUGACAAAGGUCAAAUAAUUGUGGUGAUCUGGGUCAUUGUGUCACCCAACAACGACAAACAAAAGUACACACUUAAAAUCAACCACGAUUGCGUCCCUGAGCACGUGAUAGCUGAAGCCAUCCGUAAGAAGACCAGAAGUAUGUUGCUAUCACCUGAGCAGCUCAAGAUGUGCGUGCAGGAGUACCAGGGAAAGUAUAUCCUCAAAGUCUGUGGCUGCGAUGAAUACCUCCUGGAAAAAUAUCCUCUCAGCCAGUACAAGUACAUCAGGAGCUGCAUCAUGUUGGGACGGAUGCCAAACCUGAUGCUGAUGGCCAAAGAGAGCCUGUACUCUCAGCUGCCCAUGGACACCUUCACCAUGCCGUCCUACGCCCGCCGCAUCUCCACCGCCACGGGCUACAUGAACGGCGAGGCCUCCGCCAAAUGCCUGUGGACCAUCAACAGCACCUUGCGGAUCAGGGUUCUGUGCGCCACAUACGUCAAUGUGAACAUCCGGGACAUCGAUAAGAUCUAUGUUCGGACAGGGAUAUACCACGGAGGAGAGCAGUUGUGCGACAAUGUGAAUACCCAGCGAGUACCGUGCUCCAAUCCCAGGUGGAACGAGUGGCUCAACUACGACAUUUACAUCUGUGACAUUCCCCGGGCGGCCCGCCUCUGUCUGUCCAUCUGCUCCGUGAAAGGCCGGAAGGGGGCGAAGGAGGAACACUGUCCACUGGCUUGGGGCAAUGUGAACCUUUUUGACUAUACCCACACCCUCGUCUCGGGGAAAAUGGCACUCAACCUGUGGCCUGUGCCCCAUGGACUGGAAGACCUGCUCAACCCCAUCGGGGUGACUGGCUCCAACCCCAACAAGGAAACACCCUGCUUGGAGUUGGAGUUUGAUUAUUUCAGCAGUCCGGUGAAGUUCCCAGACAUGGCCACAGUUGAGGAGCACGCAAACUGGACCAUUUCCAGAGAGCUGGGCUUUAAUUACUGCCACGCUGGCUUGAGCAACCGGCUCGCCCGGGACAACGCCCUGACAGAGAGUGACAAUGAGCAGCUCCGCCUGGUCUGCAACAGAGAUCCCCUGUCUGAGAUCACUGAGCAGGAGAAGGACUUCCUGUGGAGGCACAGACACUAUUGUGUAAAUAUACCUGAAAUUUUGCCCAAGAUUCUCCUUGCAGUGAAAUGGAACUCCAGAGACGAAGUGGCCCAGAUGUACUGCCUUCUGAAGGACUGGCCGGCUAUAAAGCCGGAACAGGCCAUGGAGCUGCUAGACUGCAACUUCCCCGACCCCAUGAUCCGUGACUUCGCAGUUCGGUGCCUUGAGAAAUAUCUGACAGAUGACAAACUCUCGCAGUACCUCAUUCAGUUGGUGCAGGUCCUGAAGUAUGAACAGUACCUUGAUAAUCCUUUGGUGCGAUUUCUGCUGAAAAAAGCGUUAACGAACCAGAGGAUCGGACACUUCUUCUUCUGGCACCUGAAGUCCGAGAUGCAUAACAAGACGGUGAGCCAGCGCUUCGGGCUGCUGCUGGAGUCGUACUGCCGGGCCUGUGGGAUGUACCUGAAGCACCUGAGCAGACAGGUGGAGGCCAUGGAGAAGCUCAUCAACCUGACGGACAUCCUGAAGCAGGAGAAGAAAGAUGAGACGCAGAAGGUGCAGAUGAAGUUCUUGGUGGAGCAGAUGAGAAGGCCAGACUACAUGGACGCCUUGCAGAACUUCACAUCUCCGCUAAAUCCCGCCCACCAGCUGGGCAAUCUCCGACUCGAGGAGUGCAGGAUAAUGUCUUCCGCCAAGCGACCGCUUUGGCUAAACUGGGAAAAUCCGGAUAUCAUGUCGGAGCUCCUCUUCCAGAACAAUGAGAUCAUCUUCAAGAACGGCGACGAUUUACGGCAAGACAUGCUGACCCUGCAGAUCAUUCGGAUUAUGGAGAACAUAUGGCAGAACCAAGGCCUCGAUCUCAGAAUGUUGCCCUACGGCUGCCUGUCCAUCGGCGACUGUGUGGGUCUCAUAGAGGCCGUGAGAAACUCCCACACCAUCAUGCAGAUCCAGUGCAAGGGCGGCCUGAAGGGGGCGCUGCAGUUUAACAGUCACACUCUUCACCAGUGGCUCAAGGACAAGAACAAGGGAGAAAUGUAUGACCUGGCCAUCGAUUUGUUCACGCGGUCGUGUGCUGGCUACUGCGUGGCUACAUUCAUCUUGGGAAUCGGAGACAGGCACAAUAGUAACAUCAUGGUCAAGGACGACGGGCAGCUGUUCCAUAUAGAUUUUGGCCACUUCCUUGAUCACAAGAAGAAGAAAUUCGGCUACAAGAGAGAGCGGGUGCCGUUUGUGUUGACACAGGACUUUCUAAUAGUGAUAAGUAAAGGAACGCAGGAGUGCACGAAGACCAGAGAGUUUGAGAGGUUCCAGGAGAUGUGUUACAAAGCCUACCUGGCAAUCCGGCAGCACGCCAACCUGUUCAUCAACCUGUUCUCCAUGAUGCUGGGCUCCGGGAUGCCGGAGCUGCAGUCCUUCGACGACAUCGCCUACAUCCGUAAGACGCUGGCGCUGGACAAGACCGAGCAAGAGGCCCUGGACUACUUCAUGAAGCAGAUGAACGACGCCCACCACGGCGGCUGGACCACCAAGAUGGACUGGAUCUUCCACACCAUCCGGCAGCACGCUUUGAACUGAGGGGGGACGUGGCCACGAGUGGCAGACUCGAGCCUCGAGGAAUGGCGGAUGAUGAGCAAGCCAUCCAUGUAGCCUUCUAAACAACCCAGGAAGACUUUGGGUCGACCUCAGCAUCGCUCCCAACCUGCUGUCGUCUCCACACUCAAUUCUUGCCCCUAGGAAACAUUUGCUGGGAUGGCCAAUGUUUUCGUUUCCCUCUUCUGUAUCUCCUUGUCCCCCUGUGUCUAUGUGUGACGGGAAAAAGUGUUCUUUAUGGCCUUCGUAUAAAAACGUACCUUUUUCCCCCCUUCCUUUUUCAUUUGUUUUACUUGCGGAGGUAUACGUCUUCCUCUAACUUCUAUGCCUUUAUAUAUGCAGAGAAUGUGUCAAGAGUCCUGAGCAAAACAGGGUAUUUCCUUUGCGUAAUUGAAGUUCUCAACUUUUCUUUAGACAGCUUGUUUUUAUGUCACGAAAGAGAAUCGGCUGUGUCAGUCAUCGAAAGCAGCGUAUGAACGACACGAUGUCGAAUAUGAGAAAUCAUACCCCCCCCCCCCCUCCCUCCCCCGCCCCUCCUGAGAGGAUGUUGGGUAGCUAUCGAUUUCAGUCGCUUGUGCAUGAGAGCGCAAUGCGGGGAAGAAAAAAAACGGAACGUUCCGUGGUGAAUGCAGUGCAGAGCCUCACGGAAGGCUAACGUGCAAUAGGAGACGACUGGUUCCGUGCGGCGCCGGUUCUGGAGAGGAGCUGAGCAGGCGAGCACGGCUCACGAGAUCGCCGGCGGUCUUCCUCCAUCUCCUCCGACUGUGGAAUGUCGGACGCGUGAGAUGCGUGUGAUGCGAUCAGGAUGCCGAUCCGAACAGACAGGACCAGUCCCUUCUGAAGCUGAGUCUGGUCCAUUUCUCGAAGUCCGGGAAUGUCGUUCUUUUAAAAGAUUUGGCUAAACCAAAUCGAGACUUAAUUAUGCUGUAAGAUAGAAAAGACUGUAAAAUGGGCCUAAAUACAUUUGCAAAUAUGCCGUUGAUAGGCAAGUAUGUUUGUUUACUUUUCAUUUUGCUAAUACAAUUCAUGGUUUAUAUAACUGACUAGACCUAACCCCCCUCCUCAAAUAGCUUAUACUGCCUAGUGACUCCCCCCAUUUGUUCAGAAUCUAGUCUAAUGUUAUGUAAAUGGUUGUGGGUGGUGUGCAGAGCCGAUGUGCUGUGAAUCAUGGCUACAGGAAGUUGAGUGAGUGCUGACCUAACAUGAAAGCUCAUCUCCUCAAACAGGACUCCCCCUAAAUGAAGUAUCCGCACUCUGCUUUGAAAGUCCCAGCCAUUUACCUCCCACUGCACUUAAGAUGUAGUGUCAUGUGGCUAUCAGCAAACUCCGAGAAGUAACUUGGCUGGACGUCCACAUGUCCCGUUCAACAGAAGUUCAGAAAUGUCUAGGCUAUUCGCAAAAAGAUACAUUUCAGUUCAGUUUUGUCGACCAGAGCGAAGUAUAACUGGACAUUGAAUCCCAGGUGGAUGGGUGGGGAUGUUUUUCCGCUGGAGAAGGACCAACUCAGCAGCUCUGUGCUACUCGAUUCUGUCCUGUGAACACGCUUGUUGUAAUUGGUGGUGUUACUUUUCGAUGGUUCUUGAAAGUCAGGAGUGACCGUUUGAAGCCAAGUUGAGAAGAAUCGACAUUGUUGUUAUUACAUAGGCCUCUACAUCAGAAGCAUGUUAUGAAUGGGCAACACCUGCUGUUUCCUUGGUUACCAGUAGACUACCUUCCAUGUCUCUGAGAAGACUUUUAUUGUAUUUGUCAUACGUAAUUAAAAACAUGAAGUACUUACUCUGUACAUAAAUCUCUGAAUUUACCUGUGUUUACUGAGCCAAAGUUUAAUGAUGGAUUAUCCAUAUCAAAUGUUUUCCCAUAUCCUAACUUGCACAAGGUACAACUGUUCUAUCUCUGAAAAAACCCUUGUGAAGCAAACGCAUUAUUUAUAUUUAGUGAGAUUGUGUUUUGUUGUUUUUAACAAGAAAUUGACUUCAUGGAGGGUUACUGUUCACUUGCAGUAUUUAAAAGUGCAGUUUUCAUCAUAAUGGGUUUGUAUAGAAAUGUUGUUUGCUAUGUAGUGUCUUGGAGAAAGUGCAUGUUAAUAUGAUGUGGAGUGCAGUUACAUUUAGGCAUUUUUUUAAAUGAAGUUAAACUUAAGACCAACUGCAAUAUAGUCAAAGGGAAUGAGACCAUAGAUUUUUUAGAAUGCCGACACACACACACACACACACACACACACACACACACACACACACACAGAGGCUCUGGGGCAAUCCGUGUAUAAAUGCAGUGCUUGUGUCGAUGCGUGAUGCUGAUGUCAGCAUUGUUUUCGUGCUCUGCUAUGAUGAAAUUAAGUGUCUUUACUCAGCCAGGACAGACCAGCCUUUGCCUGGACUUGCCAAUAUUCAUAAGUGUAGGCCUACUAAUCAAUUCCAGAAGAUGUAUUUCAAUGAACUAAUGAGUAAAAAAAAAUAAUAAUGUAAAAUUGCAUUAUAAAUGCGUCAGAAAUUUGAACUGUGAAUUUUUUUCCCAACAAUACUAGUCAUGUGGUUAAAAUAUACAAUUAUUCCCUACUUCUUAUGCAUUCAUGCGAGAUUCUUGCAAUUUUGCAUUUUUUUUAAAUUACAAAUGUGCUCUUAUUUAGUAAAUCAUUUAAUAGCUAUUCAGUUGAAACUGAAGUGUAUAGGUGUUUUUGCACUUUGUAACGUUUCCCCCGUCUUUUCUAAAAUGCAUUCUAUCUAAAGGGAUCCUGUAGCUAGUUAUUUGCAUGUUUGCUUAAGCGACAUCAAUCGUCAUACGCCAUGUCAUGGGUCAGACACGUGGCAAGAGGUCAUUGUACUCUCAUUGUUCCCCAGUCCAUGAGUCAGAGCAGUGGGUGUCUGUCUGUUUGGGUCUCAGCAUUGGACUGAACUUGUUUCAAAGGUCCAGACUGCCUCAAACUAUCAGACCCCCAAGUUCCCAAGACAACUCACUGAAGAGAAAACAGUAAAAUACCCUGCUAGUUCUGAGAAGAUACUCUUACUUGAAUUUGACUGUAAACCACCUUUCCCCGCUUGUCACAUGAAUAAAUGUUGUAACCUUGUGGUGACAUA